UUCGCCCUGCCAGGACCUGCCGGGCUCCAUUCACGCCAACAAGUUUGGGAGAAUGUUGAGUUCAAUCGCGCCGGAGCCGCGAUGGAGCGCAGCGCACUGCAGUGGGUCGGCGCCCCGUGCGGCUCGCACGGCCCCUACGUCUUCUACCGGGCGUUCCGCUUCCAGCGCCGCGGCGGCGGCCGGGCGCGGGUCCUCUCCCUCGGCGACUUCUUCUUCGUGCGGUGCCGCGCGGAGGAGCCCGCCUGCAUCGCGGAGCUGCAGCUGCUCUGGGAGGAGCGCACCAGCCGGCAACUUCUCUCCAGCGCCAAACUUUACUUUCUCCCCGAGGACACCCCGCAGGGCCGGACCAGUGACCACGGCGAGGAUGAAGUUAUUGCUGUUUCAGAGAAAGUCACUGUGAAGCUUGAAGACUUGGCAAAAUGGGCCCAGUCCGAUUUCUCCAAGUGGAAGUGUGGUUUCCGGGCUGAGCCGGUGAAGCCGAUGGAUGUGGGAAAGAAUGGGCAGAAGGAGGCCUUGAUGAGAUACAGACAAUCCACACUCAAUAGCGGCUUGAACUUCAAAGACAUCCUGAAGGAGAAGGCUGACCUUGGUGAGGAUGAUGAAGAUUCAAACCUGCUAAUUCUCAGCUACCCACAGUACUGUCGCUAUCGUUCCAUGUUAAAGCGCAUUCAGGACAAGCCUUCUUCAAUACUAACAGACCAGUUCGUUUUAGCCCUGGGUGGCAUUGCAGUAACAAGCAAGAACCCCCAAAUCUUCUACUGUCGGGAUACAUUUGAUCAUCCAACCCUUAUAGAAAAUGAAAGUAUAUGUGAUGAGUUUGCACCAAAUCUUAAAGGCAGACCACGCAAAAAGAAGCCUUGCCCACAGAGAAGAGAUUCAUUAAAUGGCAUUAAGGAUUCCAACAAUAAUUCUGAAAGCAAAGCUGUUGCCAAGGUAAAAUGUGAGGCUAAGGCAGCUUUGCCCAAACCCAAGAGUAACAACAGCAACUGUAAAAAAGGCUCAAGUGAGGAUAAAUCAAAGAUUGCCGUAGGUGAAGAAUGCAGAGCUGAUGAGCAGGCUUUCCUUGUGGCACUUUAUAAAUAUAUGAAAGAAAGGAAAACACCAAUUGAACGAAUACCCUAUUUAGGUUUUAAGCAGAUUAACCUUUGGACUAUGUUUCAAGCUGCUCAAAAACUGGGAGGAUAUGAAACAAUAACAGCCCGUCGACAAUGGAAACAUAUUUAUGAUGAAUUAGGUGGUAACCCUGGAAGCACAAGUGCUGCUACAUGUACUCGCAGACAUUAUGAAAGAUUAAUCCUGCCGUAUGAAAGAUUUAUUAAAGGAGAGGAAGAUAAGCCACUGCCUCCAGUGAAACCUCGAAAACAGGAUAACAGUUCCCAGGAGGGUGAUGCGAAAACAAAAGUGUCUGGAACAAAACGCAUCAAAAAUGAAAACCAAAAGAGCAAGAAGGAGAAAGAUAAUGCACAGAAACCCCAAGAUGCAUCUGAGGUUUCAUCAGAACAAGAGAAGGAUCAAGAAUCAGCAGACCAGAAAAAUUUCGCAGAACAUCCUACAGUAGGAGAGACAAAACAACCCAGUCAAGGCCCUCCACCUCUUUUGCCAGAGGCAGCUCGGCCACUGCCUAUGGAAAAGACAGACAUGACAGAAAACAGCUCAAGCAGUGAGAAAGCCAAGGAGGAAGUUCCUCAUUCGUCGUCUUUCUCAAGUAUAUCCGUGCCCCCGGAUGAAGAUACCAUGCUGGAUGCCACUGUCACAAAACGACUGCACUCCUCAGCAGAUACUCUGGAAGACACAAAGCCAGAACGAAGGAUACAUAAAGCUUUUACUGAGAGUUUAGAAAACGAACCUCCAGAAAUGCCCUUCUCAACUUUUCCAGUCCAGCUGCCCACUCAAAGUGAUAUGGAAGAUGAUAAAUUGCCAGAGAUGGCUGAUUACAUUGCAAACUGCACAGUGAAAGUAGAUCAGCUGGGAAACGAAGAUAUCCACAAUGCACUGAAGCAAGCACCCAAAGUACUGGUGGUCCAGAACUUUGACAUGUUCAAGGAGAAAGAGCUGCCUGGGUCCAUGAGCGACGACUCCUCUUUCGGUUACACACCACUGCUCUACUCAAAGGGUAAUCCAGGCAUUAUGUCGCCCCUGGCAAAGAAAAAGCUGCUGUCGCAGGUCAGUGGGGCAACCUUAUCAUGUAGCUAUCCUUACGGUUCUCCUCCACCUUUGAUUAGCAAAAAGAAGUUGAACAGCAGAGAUGAACUGUCAUCAAGCCUAUCACAAGGUCCCCACGUCCCUAAUUCUGAUCCCGUAGCAAUUAAUAGGCCAUCGGUCAUACAACACGUGCAGAGUUUUAAAUCCAAGGAAGAAAGGAAAUCAAUUAAUGAUGUUUUUAAACAUGACAUGCUAAGUAAAGUGGAUCCUCAGCGCUGUGAUUUUUCACAACAUCACCUCAGUUCUCUUGCUGAGUCGUACGUACCGAAGACAGAUAUCCAGGACUGCAAAGAUAAAAUGAAUGAGAAAAGGGCACUGCAGCACUCCCGUGUGCCCACUUUCUUGGCAGAUUUUUAUUCAUCACCUCAUCUGCACAACCUUUAUAGGCACACGGAGCACCACCUUAAUAAUGAACAGACAUCAAAGUACCUCCCCCGGGACAUGUUCAGAGAGUCUGAAAAUAUUUCUACUUUUACUCAACACAAACACCAAGAAAAACUAAAUUUAAAUUAUCACCCAUCUUUGCAUCAGCAAGAAAAAAAGGCGGCAGUGGAAGCCUCUUCAGAUGAUCAGCCAACAGAUUUGAGUCUUCCAAAGAGCAUACACAAACAGACUGCAAAGGCUCCUGGCUCCAGUCUCUCUCAUUCAUCUGUGGCCCAGCAAGAAGGCAAAGGUAUCUCGCUGUUCCAGGCUGCGAGCAGCCAGGCUGUGAGCCUAGACUGUAACCCCAAAGCUUGCCGCGUGUCCCCCAUGGCCAUGACUGCCCCUAAAAAACACAGCGAGUUACUCCACAGGUCUGGGAAGCAGGCACAGAGACUGGAGAACCUGAGGAAGAUGGAGGGGAUGGUGCAUCCUAUCAUUGGCCGCAGAAUGAGCCCUCAAAACAUCGGAGCUGCUCGGCCUUUGAAGCGAGGCCUGGAGGAAUUGGACAAAGUCAUUUCGGAAAAAAAAGUCCGAGCUGUCUCUCCUCUGCACUUACCAAAGGAGACCUCAGUGAAAGAAAAGGUUCCCGAUGUGGAGGGGGAAGGCAGCAAGUCGCUGCACAGCCUGCAUUCAGGCAGCGUUCUGGAGAGCCACAAAUUUCCCCUCUCAGCCCCAAUCUUCCCAGGCUUGUAUCCAGGAGCCCUGUGCACAGGGCUGAACAAUCGCCUCCCGCCUGGGUAUUCCCAUCCUUUACAGUACUUGAAAAAUCAGACCGUGCUCUCCCCACUAAUGCAACCUUUGGCUCUCCAUUCCCUCAUGGUGCAGAGACAAUUCCUCACAUCCCCUGCAAAUUCUCAGCAACUGUAUAGACACUUAGCUGCAGCAACACCUGUAGGAAGCUCGUACGGUGACCUUUUGCAUAACAGCAUUUAUCCAUUAGCUGCUAUAAACCCUCAAGCUGCAUUCCCACCUUCCCAGCUGUCCUCCGUACAUCCCAGCACAAAACUGUAAAUCCCCUCACUCACAAAAAAAAAGUCUGAGGAGAACAGUUCAGUUAGCGACAUUCCUCCCGCUGUGAUGAUAUCUCGCAGAUCUGUAUUGCUGUAAGCCAGGAUGCCGUCAUAUCCCACGUGGCGGAAAGCUUUGGAUUGUGAUCGAGACAGGACAACUUCUUUAAUUCUGGCUCCGCGCCAGCCCCCUCUCCCCUCACCCCUGCCCUGGCAAAACAACAACAACACACACGCUCAAAAAUUCUUUGGAUUUUGCAUAUGUGUUUUCUGAAAGUACUUGUGUAUGGUAAGAGCAGAUGUUCAAAGGGAGCCGUGGAAAUGCAGGCCCAGUCCUGAGCUCACUGAAAUGAGAGGCGACGUUUGCAUUUGCUUUUCAUUGAGCCGAGGACCAGAGGUCGAGUGUUGCUGCAAAUGAGUCGAGGACUCGACAUGAACUUGGCGAGGAGAAGAAGGCCGAGAACCCACACGAUCGGUGGAUGUGCUGUUUUGGGUAACUUUUCCUGACUUUUAAAGAUUCAAUCAAUGCAAUGUAUAGUAAAACGGCAAUAGAUUUUUCAUUUUAACACUAUUAGAACAGAAGGGUAAACACUGAUUAAUUUGACUGUACAUAUCCACUUCGUAAACUACCAAUGUCACAUUUGGUCACAAUAAUUUAUAUAGUUUUGUUUGUCCGAUAUAUUCUGUACUCUAUGUUUGUUUCUUGUUUUGUUUCUUGUUUUUUUCUUUUUUGUUUUCUUUUCUUGAUUAUUUUUUUAAAUUAAACAAUAUCAUUUUACCUGCAACUUUUUUAAAAGGCUGUGGCUGUCCUAAUUUUUUUAUGUUUGUAAUUUUUCCAGCUUCUUCAUACUUCUGAGCAGUGUUUUUGUUUCAUUUUUGUGGUAAUGUUUACUGUUUACAAACUGAAGCAACUGGUUCAGAUUCAUCUUAAUGGAUAUAAACGUACUAUAGGUAACAUUAUGGUGCAAGGGUGCAAACAAGGUUCCUUUCCCUAUGGUCCGACCCUGCAGGUGCUGAGCACUUCCCACUCUCCUCAUGCUGUUGUGGUGGCUCGUGCUGCUUUUCCCUCCCGCUGAGCUUUGCUUUCCCAUAUUGUGGUCCGUGAAUUUGUCAAUAAGUCGCACUUAGCUUACCUAGGCUGUGAAACCCUCCUGUGUACCAGAGAACCAAUCUGGAAAACUAAACCUCACUGACACAAAAUGGCGGAUGGCAGAGGAGUCCAGAAGACAGAUCUAUGAUUUGCAAGAAUGGCAAGAAUUUUAGCAAUUAGGACAGGAGUUUGUGCUGGUUUGAACUGGGGGUGUGCAGGUCCUGUGCCACGGGUGGGGUUUGCUGGGAUGGGUAGGGGUCAUGCAGCGAUGAGCCCUGCCACUGGGCACAGCUGGCACCAGAGGUGGCAAAGGAGCCAAGUGUCUGUUGGGAUGGUCCUGGCACCCCUAUGGGGACCACGUCCCUCCCUGGGCAUCUGCCAGAGAGUGAGAGCUGGGCACAGGCUGGGUUUGGUAAUGAAAGAUAUCCUGCGGCUGCAUGUUCACACUGAAGGACGUCACCACCAUGCAGCUGAGUGUAGACAUUGAUAGAGGAGUGUGGCUUAGAGGCUUUUUACAAUGUGAAAAUUGGUUGCGAUUCAGACCAUCUCAGUUUACUGUUCAGAGACAACAUAAUUGAUGUGAAAACAAACAUGGAAACUACUAAGAAACACUUUGCAUGCUAGGCAUGUCAUUAAAUUUUCCCAUGAUACAAAGCCAAAUACAAUAUAUAAUGUAUCAUAGUUAAUAUCCAAAGGUGGAAACCGGAAUAAUAUACUCGUCUACUGUUAAAGAUCCAGCUUCUUCAAUUCAGUACUUUAUAUUCCUGUGGUAAAACUAUAUUUAAUUGAUCAAUAAACAGACUAGUAGAACUUAGAACAUGGAUGUGCCACUGCAGAGCAUCCUGCUGCUCCACGGAUCUUACAGGAACAGAACCGCAGGCUCAGCUGGGCAGAGGCCAUAAUGUCGAGGACAUCUCUAGUAAAGUUGCACUAGGUCUGAAUUGUGAGAAUCAGGGGUUUGGGGAUGGGUGGGAGGAAGGAGGGCGGGGGGACGAGGAGAGAAUAUGAGAAUCUACAGCAAACACAAAUAGGAGUGUGUUUGGUAAAGCAAGCAUUUCUCUUUCUUGUUUUGGUUAAAUCUGUGUCCUGAGUUUGUGCAUUUGUUUAUGCAGUGUCCACUUUCUCUUUGGUUACAUCAUGUUGGAGUUUGGUCGUAGCCUUCGUGAAGCAGAGCAAAUGCGGAGCAGGGCUGGGGAGGAGAGUGGGGAGGGAGGGCCUUCCCUCCCCUGGGAGGAGACCAGCCCAGACCCCUCCUGCCAGGGAGGCUUGUGUGUGCUGGGUGAGACAUUGGGACAAAUGAGAAGAAAUGGUAGCGUAAGGCCCCAGCAGAAGGGGUGCGUUGUUUGUUUAAGAACUCUUAAGAUAAAUCUUGGAAGUCUUUCAAAAGGCUAUUGAAUUCUCCAUUGGCUGAAAGACUUUUUUUUUUAAUGUCUUAAAUGGGAAUUUGUUUGCAUUGUUUGAGUUCAAGGGGCCUUAUUAUUGAAUGAAAUUGCACAAGCCUCUCUUUGUGCAAUCAAACCAUUGUUACUGAUAGGUUUGUAAAGGAAACUGUGGAAUCUAAUUGGCAAUAGAGUCAUAAACCUAUUUACCAAGAACCAGUUCCAAGAAAUGUUGCAAGCCGAACGCUCUAUGUCCAGCAUUCAUUAGGGAUGCUAAAGGUUGUGAGAUGAUGAGGUAACGGCCCAGCAGCUGCAGCUCACGUGUGCCUUCUGGCUGCAGGCUGGGCCUGCCUUCACCAAGCGGAUCCACAGUAGCACCUGGCUGUCAGUACAGCACACUCCAAGCAGAGGAGUAGGUGAGUGAGUGAGGACAUUUUGCAAGUUGGCCUUGCUGCAUGAGCCAUUUCCCUGGCAUGUCAGGGCCUGGGAAGUCGCCUGUUGCAGCUUGGGACAAGCUGGCUUGGCAGCACGUGGUGGCAGCGGGCGAGGGCUGUGCCUCCUAUGCUGCUGUGCUCCCAGGGCUGCCAAGAUGCUCCUUCCCACGCUGUCCUCCUGUGCAGUGCUCACCCAGUCGUCAUGAUUUUAGUGAGAAACAGGAAUUCCUGCCAUGGCGCAAGGCCUGCAACGUGAGAACUGUUACAUGAGCACUUAACAGUGGUGUUUGCUGUAAAUGUGGUGGAUACUUCACUUGUUCUCUUCCUCUUCCCGCCCUCCUCCCCUGGACCCAUAGUUUUAAAUAUGUUCUAAUAAUGGCAGCAUACUCUACUAGCUGUUUAUACUUUUUUAACUUUCUUUUGUUGUAAAUAUUGUAUACUUUUUGUGAUUCAAGUUAUGUAGCCUAUAUGCUCUGUAAGGUGAUGAUUUGUAUAUAUAAAAAUGGCCCAGUAAUAUUAUAUAGUUUCCCAUUUAAAAGGUUAUUGAGUAACCUUUGUGUUAGUUUAAACACUACCAGAAAUAAAGCUGAGCCAACUAUAAACACUCAAUUUUUGUAUGUUUUCCAAAUUGUACUUAUUAAUGCUUUUGAUACUGUAUUAUGUGCCAAUAGUUUCCCAAUCACAUAGCAGGCAAAAGAUAUUUUGUACUUUUUGAUCCACUGUAAUAUUUAAUAAAAAAUGUUACUAUCUGUU